CUACUCAAAGAUCAGAUCUGUGCAGAACAAGAGCAUAAAUCUAAUAAAAUACUAUAAAAACAAUUACUUUGAUUGUACGUUUAACUGAUCAGUAAAUUCAGGGAUUAAAUUCAUGUGCCAGUUAGUUAUGUAUAGUUCUAACGUAAUUAAUUUAUACAGUCAACUAAUUAAAAUUUAAAAAUUAUAUUUAUUUAGAAUGAUUCAUCAUAUUUUUAGUAGGAUUUAUUAUAAUAUUAAUAAUGUAUUAAUUAUUAGUUAAACAAGUGUACACAUGAAGUUUUCACUAAUUUAACCUUUAAAAUUCUUUUCCGUGGAUGUGUUAUCAACUACCAGUCCACAAACACACGCUCUGACAUAGAACUCCACGUUGGUUGACCAGCAUUUGAUAUAUUUAAAUAUCAAACACAUAUUCCCAUUUCCCCAACUCUUUUCUGGGCUUUGGGAGAUCUUCACUUUUCUCUCAUUUUUGUCUUGCAUUCUGUGUCUCUGAUCGGAAACUAUGGACAGGUGCCACCGGAAACAAGCCAUUUUUGAAUCUGAAGAAGUUAGCAGUAUUGAAUGGAAGUUCAUAAACAUGAGCGAACAAGAGGAAGAUCUCAUCUACAGAAUGUAUAAGCUCGUUGGAGAGAGGUGGGAUUUGAUAGCUGGGCGAAUUCCAGGCCGAAAAGCACAAGAAAUAGAAAGAUUUUGGAUAACGAGACACCGUGAAGGAUUUGUAGAGAAAAGAAAAACUGCAUGGUGAUAAAACGAAUUUUCAAGUCCUUCAGCCACCAACUUGUAAUAAUGGCUUCAAAUGUGUUAUUCAUUCAAGUCUUUUCUUCUGUAUUUAAUAUUUAUUGUUUGCCAUAAAAUCAUGAUUCAUGCUUAUGCAAACGUCAAGAGAACACAAAACAUAUGUCAGUUCAGAAGUUUAUAUACAUACAAUGUGUGAAAGAGAUUAUCAGAUUAUAAAGGAGUGACAUUAUGAUAUGUA